UAUGAUGUUACAGUCAGGACACGCUACCUUGUGCGAACAAGCUUCUUGUAUGGGAAUUUUGACGAGAGUAAUGUCUAUCCGAAAUUUGAUAUCUCAAUUGGAGCAAGUCAUUGGACAACCAUUGUCAUCUAUGAUGCAAAUACCAUUGUGACACACGAGGCUGUUAUCCUUGCUACUGCUCCAACAAUUAGCAUAUGUGUAUCUAAUGCUACAACUGGAGAACCAUUUAUUUCAACCAUCGAACUUCGACAGUUUAAUGGAUCAUUGUACCACACGGAUUUUGAGACUCAAUUCUUCUUGAGUCUAUCUGUGAGAAUAAAUUUCGGUGCUGAGACUAAUGAAUCUGUCAGGUAUCCUGAUGAUCCAUAUGAUCGAAUAUGGGAAUCUGAUUCUUUGAAGAGGGCGAACUACCUUGUUGAUGUUGCUGCUGGAACUCAAAGAAUAUCAACCACUGUGCCUAUAGAUGUUAAUAGUGAUGAAAGACCUCCAUCCAAGGUGAUGCAGACUGCAGUAGUGGGUCAAAAUGGAGGCUUAAAUUAUCGUCUUAACCUGAAUGGGUUUCUGGGGAAUGGUUGGGCGUUUUGUUAUUUUGCAGAAAUUGAAGAUUUGAAACCAGAUGAAAUCAGGAAAUUCAGGUUGGUGCUUCAGGGGAACAAGGAACUUACACAUCUCAUUGUAAAUGUCGAAGAAAAUGCCCAACGGAAGUAUCGGCUAUAUGAACCGGGAUCAUAUAAUAUAAGUCUCCCUUUUGUCUUGUCUUUUGCUUUUAAGAAAACAAAUGAUUCAUCCAAGGGACCUAUCUUAAAUGCUUUUGAGAUAUACAAGUAUAUGGAGAUAAAUUAUGGAUCCCUAGACGCACUGACCAUGGAAAGCUUUGUAUCACAUUACCCAAAAGAAGUUUGGGCACAAGAAGGUGGAGAUCCAUGCUUACCAGCUCCAUGGUCAUGGGUUCAAUGUAAUUCAGAUCCGCAACCACAAAUUGUUUCAAUUAGACUAUCAGGGAGAAAUUUGACGGGGAAUAUACCUGCAGAGCUUGCUAGUUUAACUGGCCUAGUCAAAUUGUAA